GCCAUUCAUCCCUAUGGCGCACGCGCUCUCCUGGCUUCACCGCCUUGGUUGUACUUCCGGCGCGAAGGUCGCGGACAAGAUGGUUCCCCCGGUGCAGGUCUCUCCGCUCAUCAAGCUCGGCCGAUACUCCGCCCUGGUCCUCGGCAUGGCCUAUGGAGCCAAGCGCUACAGUUACCUAAAACCCCGGGCUGAAGAGGAGAGGAGGGUGGCAGCGGAGGAAAAGAAGAGACUGGAUGAACUGAAACGGAUCGAGAGAGAACGGGCAGAAGCUCAAGAUGACAGCAUAUUCAAGUGAAGCACCAGCGAGCUUGGCUUUCUCCAGCCCCCAAGGAUGAAUAAAGAUUUGUCAUUGUGUGGUG